AUGUACGUUGAGGAUCCGCCAGUUUUAACAGAGGAGUUUGUCGCCAACGUGAAUCGGUUGAAUGGUGGAAUGUGGACAGCAACACACGAAGGCAAGAUGAAGCACAAGACGGUCUCUGAGGCGAAACGUCUUAUGGGAGUGCAUACACCAAGCUCUCAGAUUCUCUCUCCACGACGCUUCACUGAAGAGGAAUUACGUGUGAAGGUCCCUGAUACCUUUGAGGCUUCAGAAAAAUGGUCCAAUUGUCCUACCAUCCCAGAAAUACGUGACCAGUCUGACUGUGGUUCCUGCUGGGCUGUGGCUGCGGCAUCAGCAAUGUCUGAUCGCUUUUGCACGAUUGGUGGAGUGCAGGAUGUUCGUAUAUCUUCCGGUGAUUUAAUGUCGUGCUGCACCUCUUGUGGAUUCGGUUGCAAUGGCGGUUACCCCGAAAAGGCGUGGGAGUUCUUCGCCGAUACCGGAAUUGUAUCGGAGUACUGCCAGCCAUAUCCCUUUCCCGCUUGUGCACAUCAUUCGAACAGCUCAAAGUAUCCUUCUUGCCCAUCGCAUGGAUACGAUACACCAACAUGUAAUGCGACUUGCACCGACAAAACGAUUCCUUUGAUCAAGUAUAAGGGAAACACCAGUUACUCUCUGAGUGGUGAAGAAGACUUCAAGCGCGAGUUGUAUUUGCGGGGACCAUUCGAAGUUGCCUUCACCGUGUAUGCAGACUUCUUGGCCUACAAGAGCGGUGUGUACAAGCAUGUCAGUGGUGGAAUGCUGGGAGGCCACGCCGUGCGUCUCGUCGGUUGGGGUGAACUCAAUGGUGUGCCGUAUUGGAAGAUUGCAAACAGCUGGAACGAGGAAUGGGGUAUGAAUGGCUAUUUUCUCAUCUCCCGCGGGUCGAAUGAGUGCGAUAUUGAAGGGAACGGCAGCGGGGGAACACCAAGUGUUCCACAACCAACGGGCAACUAG